AUGGGCGCCAUACCGCUUCCCCCAUCCGAGCGACAACCGAAUGGAAAUGUACGGCUUCGUCGCCCCGCCUCCUUCAGCGUGAAGGAAGUGGUCCCGCCGCGGCACAGGCGGCGGAAAAAGCGCGACGAGGAGGCGGGAAGCAGGACGGGACACACGAACGGACAGAGUUCGGCGCAGACUCAGACGCAGUCCAGUCAAGUGGUCAAGUCACAAUUCGAUUUCGUCGACGAAGCGUUUCCUCCUUUACCUGGUCUGGACGCUAAUGGACCUCUCUCUGCCAAACACCACCAUCACCACAACCAGCACACGCACCAAGCGCAACAAACGCAGUCGCACGCCGAAGGCUCGACGCAGACGAUAUCUAACCACGCCCCCGUGGGCGUGGUAGCUGCUGCGCCAGAGCCCGCGACUGUCGGAGGCGGUGGCGGAGGAGGAGGAGCAGCCGGAGCCGCGUGGGGGGAGAACCGUCUGGCCGACGUGGUUAAAGGGGUAGCUAAGAUAAAAGUUAGGGGGGAAGGAUUGGGCAAGGACGUGGCCAUCGGGGGAGGGGACAACGAGAUUUCGCUGACGAGUUCGGCGAAAGAACAGAGCGUGGAGAAGGUUGACGAAGGUAGUAUAGCGGAGGUCAACAGUUUUAUAGGUGUGACGCCUCCCGAGUCGCCACAAAAUUUUAGCAGUAAAUCUGUGAUUGCGACUGUACCUACGAAGUGCACAAUGGCCGAUAAAUCUACGAAAACCGAUGACGUCCUACUCAACGGAUGCGAACCAGAACUGGCUCCUCUCUGUCCCACCACCACUAAUGCUGCUACUAUGACUACUGUG